GGGAGAGAGAAAGAAAGAGAAGAAGUCAGUGUCACUGAGAGAUAGGAAACUGAGCGUGUGUUUGAAAGCCGGAGUGGAGAAAGAGCUGUAAACAUUUGAGCCUAGAGAAGUGAGGAGGAGGAGGAGGAGGAGAAGAAGCAGAAGGAGGAGGGAUUUCUCUGACUUUGUGACUUUUUCAAACUUUUUUUUUUUUUUUGUUGAGGUGAUUGGAGCUUUCCUCUCAGUAUGUGUAUGUGGAGGAAACUGGCUGGAGCAAUGCAGAGAGAGAGAAGUCAGGAGCAGAGGUAGAGGGAUUCAAAGAGAGAGAGCGAGGGGGAGUCUGGAGGAAAAGGAAAACCACUCUGAAGGAAAGAAGCCAUGCAAGUGGAUGCUAUCUUCUUUGGGGUCAGGUUUCGCAAAAUGAGAGACUACUCCAGGAGCACUUCAUCAGGGCUCACCCAGCUCAGAGAGGAUGCCAGCUGCUAGCACCAUGACUGGAGGGAGGGCCCUGCUGCUCUGUACAAACACUGAGAACUGUAUCUACCAAUCAGUCAACGGGCUCCAGUGCUGCGGCUUGAAGGUCGGGGAGGCUCCGUCGCCUGCGGUGCCCAAACCCCAAGAGGCGUGUGGGUCGCCAGGAGACAGAGACAGAGACAUCAGACCUCCCGUCUCCCCUCUCCUCAGCCUGAGUGACAGCCCCGGUGAUCUCGGCACCAUGCUGGCUCACAGGAGAACCACUACGACCGCCACGAGCGAAUCACGAGCCGCUAACAUGGAGAACGGGCUCUGUGGAAAGUUGAACCACAAGAGCUCGACAGGGGCCAAGACGGCCAGCAUUCGCGAUAAGAUAUCGCAGUGGGAAGGCAAAAAGGAGCCUGCCUCCAUAACUCUUACGGGGACAUGUCCGCUAAGCGCAACGCAGAAGGAGGCCGAGACUGUGAGGAGGAAAGAGUCCAAAACCUCUGAGGUCCAACGGACGGACAGCAAAAGGUUUGUCAGCUGGGACAGACAAGACUCAGGGAAGGAAAAUGUUGGAAAGCUGGGGGAUCCAAGGCCUCAAUCUCCAGAGUAUCCAACAAACAAAGACAGAGACGUGAUACUAGAGAGAGGAUUCCGGCCCUCCAAGCCUGCAGAACAAGCCCAAGACAAAAAGACAGUUUUAACCCACGUUAAGAAACUGGAGAGAGCAACAAAAGAUGUUCCAGACAAGCCCUCACUGGUAUUUCCAGGGAAUUAUUUUUGCCCCCCUUCAAAGGAAGAGCUGGAAGAGAAUGAAAAGAGGGGCAACGAGCCCAUUUUCGGGACGUUCGAUACGGUUCGACAUGGAGGGUCUCGGAGAUGGAGGGAGGGGGAUUUGGAGAACGUAUACAGUGAGCCAGGUGCUCCAUCCAUAAAUCCUCUACCCAAACCUCAGAGAACCUUCCAGCACCACACGCCGCCCGCCACUCCAGUCUCUGGGCCUUGCUCGGGGAAAGGAAAGAGGAACUUGCCUCCUUUGCCCUCCAUUCCUCCCCCACCUUUACCUACGUGCCCUCCCCCAGGGGUCUGCAGGAGGCCGUGGACCGACAAAGCUCGUGACAGUAGUAACAGGAAGUCUUAUGAGUUUGAAGACCUGCUUCAGUCGUCAACAGAAAGCUGCCGGGUGGACUGGUAUGCUCAGUCCAGGCUGGGUCUCACACGCACUUUAUCAGAGGAGAAUGUCUAUGAGGACAUUAUAGAUCCUCCAUCCAAGGAGAAUCCCUACGAAGAUAUAGAGCUGGAAAGAAGCUGUUUGGGGAGUAAAUGUGUCUCACCUGUGUCCUCGUCUCCUGUCCCUGACACGCCCACUAAGCUCAGCUCCAAGCCUGGCUUCUUCAGACAAAACUCAGAACGAAGAAGCUUUAAAGUCCCAGAGCUACGCAAAACCAGCAGAGACACUGGCUUCUCCUCACCCUCCCGUAUCAGCCCCCCCUCCACGCCCAGCAGCCCCGAUGACACCCCCUCUCUGUCCGGGGACCCGUACAAUCGCAGGAGGAAGAAAAUCCCAAAGAUGGUGCUGAAAAUCAACGCUAUCUUCGAGGCACGGAGGGGGAAGAAACGCAUGAAGAAGGUGUCGCAGUCCACCGAGUCCAGCUCAGGGAGAGUAACAGAUGAGAACAGUGAGUCCGAAAGCGACACAGAGGAGAAACUAAAAGCUCACAGCCAGCGGCUGGUGUCGGUCCAGUCCAUGCUGAGGCAGACGGGGAGGUACCGGACCCUGGAGAGAGAUCUGAUGGAGCUGCAGGAGAGGAAGCUCUUUGAGUAUUUUAUAGUUGUUGCACUCCACAAAACAAAAGCCGGCGUUCCCUAUCUGCCAGAAGUCACACAACAGUUUCCUCUCAAGCUCGAGAGGAGCUUUAAGUUCAUGAGAGAGACUGAGGACCAGCUGAAGGUGAUCCCUCAGUUCUGCUUCCCUGAUGCCAAAGACUGGGCGCCCGUCGACAAUUUCCCCAGUGAGACGUUCUCAUUUGUACUGACUGGCGAAGAUGGAAGCAGGCGAUUUGGCUACUGUCGGCGUUUGCUGCCCAGCGGUAAAGGCCGACGGCUUCCUGAGGUCUACUGUAUCGUCAGCCGGCUGGGAUGCUUCGACCUCUUCUCCAAGAUCCUGGAUGAAGUGGAAAAGAGGAGGGCGAUCUCUCCUGCUCUGGUGCAGCCCUUUAUGAGAGGAAUCAUGGAGGCUCCGUUUCCAGCUCCGGGGAGGACGAUCACCGUCAAGAACUUCCUCCCGGGCUCCGGGACCGAGGUGAUAGAGCUGUGUCGACCUUCAGACUCACGCCUGGAACACGUGGACUUCGAAUGUCUCUUCUCAUCCUUAAACUUGCGCCUCCUCCUGCGAGUGUUUGCCUCCCUGCUGCUGGAGCGCAGGGUCAUCUUCACUGCCGACAAACUCAGCACAUUGUCUCAGUGUUGUCACGCCGUCGUGGCUCUCCUCUACCCCUUCACCUGGCAGCACACGUACAUCCCCGUCCUCCCACCGUCCAUGCUGGACAUCGUCUGCACCCCGACGCCUUUCAUCGUCGGCCUCCUCUCCAGCUCUCUACCUCGACUCAAGGAGCUUCCCAUAGAAGAAGUCCUGGUGGUUGACCUCUGCAACAGCCGCUUCCUGAGACAGCUGGAUGACGAGGACUCAAUUCUUCCUCAUAAGCUGCAGGCGGCUCUGGAGCAUGUGCUGGACAAGAGGAGGGAGCUGGCCUGCGAGAAGGGAGACCUGCCCAACGACUCCGGCUCGCUCAGCACGGUGGUGUCGGAGGCCUUCGUGCGUUUCUUCGUGGAGAUGGUGGGCCACUUCUCCCUCUUCCUGGGCGGAGCGGAGAGGGAGGACGAGUCGGCCUCCUCCCCGGCCUUCAACGGCUCCUCCUCCUCCUCCUCCUCCUCUUCGUCCUCAUCCUUCCAGCGCGAGGCAUUUCGCAAAGCAGUCACCUCCAAGAGCCUGAGGAGGUUUCUGGAGGUGUUCAUGGAGACGCAGAUGUUUACCGGAUUCAUCCAGGAGAGGGAGCUGCGGCGCCAGGGCCUCAGAGGUCUCUUUGAGGUGAGAGCACAGGAGUAUCUGGACUCGCUACCAGGGAGUGAGCAGAGAGGCGUCAACAAGUUCCUCAAAGGUUUAGGAAAUAAGAUGAAAUUUCUCUCCAAGAAAUAGGAUGUGGAGACAGUGAAGGCUGGAAAAACAAACAAAAAGUAAAGACUCGAAGACACGCUCCCUUCCAGACAUGGGAGACAUAGUUUAGGUGGAGACGAGUCUUCAUGCCGGACGGAGGAGCCCUGAAGUGAACUGGAGACAGUUCACGGAAAAGGGGACGGUUAGGCUUUAGCUCCCAGCUUCAUUAGCCGCUCAUUCCAUUAGUGUUGUGAAGGGUUGACGUUGCCAGAACUCAACACCGACAUGAUAAAGCGUCCAGCAGCGUGUCGUCUAAUGCUUUAAAUGUUUUUCGGAUUACAGUCAGUCCCGACGGUGUCUUUUACUGCACGGUGUAAAUGUCUUAGGAUGUGUUCUCGGUCACUAACGGCACCUGUAAGACUGUAGGCAGCAGUGUCACUGAAAGUUCACUUUGUGUACAAUAUUUCUUUUACAUUCCAAGUAUUUUCUAUAGAGGCUUUUUUAUAUAUAUAUAAUACUAUAGUACAACUUCUUUGACAACAGGAGGCUUUUUUUUAAGUUAAUUUAUAUUCCUUUUAGGCAAACCUAAUCUCUCUAUCUCAGUUUUUUUUUUUAACUUUCUGUCAAAUGAAAGUGAAGGAGUCUCCUGUAGUUUGUGAUCCACUUUAUUUAACAGAGUCUAGUCCAGGCUGUUUGUAGACCACUCUGGGUUGUUGGGUAUAUGUACCACUGUUUCCAGGUAAUUUUAUGGAAUUUUGAAAUACAAUGAGCAGCGAGGAAAAAGUGAGGAGGAGGAGAAAAUCAAUGUGAAUGCAUCUAUUGGUCUCAUUUUGGUUUCAGUAGAGGAUGGAGGGGGGCAGGGUGAAGGUGAAGUCUAUCUGUGGCAAAUCACGGUCAGUGUCUUCACAAAAAUAGCUCGGGUUGUCUUAAACUUGAUUGAGAAUGAAAAUGAACCUUCAUAAAUAAAAUAAAAU